UCGGGAGAGAGAGACGCGGGCUGCAGGCGCGACGCUUGGGCAGAGGACGCGUCCGACGGCGGCCGGACGCUGAGCCGGGCGGGGCUGGGCAGUCCGGCCCGAGCAUGGCGUGCGGGGUGGCAGAGCCUCUGGACGUUUGGGGCGCGCCCAGUCCGAGCCCCCGGCGCGCCUGAAGUUGCGAGCGGCGAGCGGCCCGCGGAGACCCAGGAGCAGCCGGCAAGCCGCGGAUGAGCCUUCGCGCCGGCGGGGAGACGCGGCGGUGGCCAGGGCCAGAGCAGGCAGCCCGCGGGGGCCGAUCCGGCGGAGAGCAGAGCCCGAGGCGAGGCGCGGCGCCGCUGCACACACGCACACGGAGCCAUGGGGUGCCAUGUUGCCACCAGCUGCCACGUGGCCUGGCUUUUGGUGCUGAUCUCUGGAUGCUGGGGCCAGGUGAACCGGCUGCCCUUCUUCACCAACCACUUCUUUGAUACAUACCUGCUGAUCAGCGAGGACACGCCUGUGGGUUCUUCUGUGACCCAGUUGCUGGCCCGAGACAUGGACAAUGACCCCCUGGUGUUUGGCGUGUCUGGGGAGGAGGCCUCUCGCUUCUUUGCAGUGGAGCCUGACACUGGCGUGGUGUGGCUCCGGCAGCCACUGGACAGAGAAACCAAGUCAGAGUUCACCGUGGAGUUCUCUGUCAGCGACCACCAGGGGGUGAUCACACGGAAGGUGAACAUCCAGGUCGGGGAUGUGAAUGACAACGCGCCAACAUUUCACAAUCAGCCCUACAGUGUCCGCAUCCCUGAGAAUACACCAGUGGGGACGCCCAUCUUCAUCGUGAAUGCCACAGACCCCGACUUGGGGGCAGGCGGCAGCGUCCUCUACUCCUUCCAGCCCCCCUCCCAAUUCUUCGCCAUUGACAGCGCCCGCGGUAUCGUCACAGUGAUCCAGGAGCUAGACUACGAGACCACACAGGCCUACCAGCUCACGGUCAACGCCACAGAUCAAGACAAGACCAGGCCUCUGUCCACCCUGGCCAACUUGGCCAUCAUCAUCACAGACGUCCAGGACAUGGACCCCAUCUUCAUCAACCUGCCUUACAGCACCAACAUCUAUGAGCAUUCUCCUCCGGGCACGACGGUGCGCAUCAUCACUGCCAUAGACCAGGAUAAAGGACGUCCCCGGGGCAUUGGCUACACCAUCGUUUCAGGGAAUACCAACAGCAUCUUUGCCCUGGACUACAUCAGCGGAGCGCUGACCUUGAAUGGCCUGCUGGACCGGGAGAACCCCCUGUACAGCCACGGCUUCAUCCUGACUGUGAAGGGCACGGAGCUGAACGAUGACCGCACCCCAUCUGAUGCUACAGUCACCACGACCUUCAAUAUCCUGGUUAUUGACAUCAAUGACAAUGCUCCAGAGUUCAACAGCUCUGAGUACAGCGUGGCCAUCACUGAGCUGGCACAGGUCGGCUUUGCCCUUCCACUCUUCAUCCAGGUGGUGGACAAGGAUGAGGAGAACGGAGGCUGGCUUCAGGGCCGACCGGAGGGAGUGGGGGAAGGUCUGCACGUGCAGGGCCUGAACAGCAUGUUUGAGGUGUACUUGGUGGGGAACAACUCCCACCACUUCAUCAUCUCCCCAACCUCCAUCCAGGGGAAGGCGGACAUUCGUAUUCGGGUGGCCAUCCCACUGGACUACGAGACCGUGGACCGCUACGACUUUGAUCUCUUUGCCAAUGAGAGUGUGCCUGACCAUGUGGGCUAUGCCAAGGUGAAGAUCACUCUCAUCAAUGAAAAUGACAACCGGCCCAUCUUCAGCCAGCCACUGUACAACAUCAGCCUGUACGAGAACGUCACCGUGGGGACCUCUGUGCUGACAGUCCUGGCAACAGACAAUGAUGCAGGCACCUUUGGGGAAGUCAACUACUUCUUCAGUGAUGACCCUGACAGGUUCUCGCUGGACAAGGACACGGGACUCAUCAUGCUGAUUGCCAGGCUGGACUAUGAGCUCAUCCAGCGCUUCACCCUGACGAUCAUUGCCCGGGACGGGGGCGGCAAGGAGACCACAGGCCGGGUCAGGAUCAAUGUGUUGGAUGUCAACGACAACGUGCCCACCUUCCAGAAGGAUGCCUACAUGGGUGCUCUGCGGGAGAAUGAGCCUUCUGUCACACAGCUGGUGCGGCUCCGGGCAACAGAUGAAGACUCCCCUCCCAACAACCAGAUCACCUACAGCAUUGUCAGCGCAUCUGCCUUUGGCAGCUACUUCGACAUCAGCCUGUACGAGGGCUAUGGAGUGAUCAGCGUCAGUCGCCCCCUGGAUUAUGAACAGAUAUCCAAUGGGCUGAUUUAUCUGAUGGUCAUGGCCAAGGAUGCUGGCAACCCCCCUCUCAACAGCACCGUCCCUGUCACCAUCGAGGUGUUUGAUGAGAAUGACAACCCUCCCACCUUCAGCAAGCCCGCCUACUUCGUCUCUGUGGUGGAGAACAUCAUGGCAGGAGCCACGGUGCUGUUCCUGAAUGCCACGGACCUGGACCGCUCCCGGGAGUACGGCCAGGAGUCCAUCAUCUACUCCUUGGAAGGCUCCGCCCAGUUUCGGAUCAAUGCCCGCUCAGGUGAAAUCACCACCACGUCUCUGCUUGACCGAGAGACCAAGUCUGAAUACAUCCUCAUUGUUCGCGCAGUGGAUGGGGGUGUGGGCCACAACCAGAAAACUGGCAUCGCCACCGUAAACAUCACCCUCCUGGACAUCAACGACAACCACCCCACGUGGAAGGACGCACCCUACUACAUCAACCUGGUGGAGAUGACCCCUCCAGACUCUGAUGUGACCACGGUGGUGGCUGUGGACCCAGACCUGGGGGAGAAUGGCACCCUGGUGUAUAGCAUCCAGCCGCCCAACAAGUUCUACAGCCUCAACAGCACCACGGGCAAGAUCCGCACCACCCAUGCCAUGCUGGACCGGGAGAACCCCGACCCCCACGAGGCCGAGCUGAUGCGCAAAAUCAUCGUCUCUGUCACUGACUGUGGCAGGCCCCCUCUGAGAGCCACCAACAGUGCCACAGUGUUUGUGAACCUCUUGGAUCUCAAUGACAAUGACCCCACCUUUCAGAACCUGCCUUCUGUGGCUGAGGUGCUUGAAGGCACCCCCGCGGGGGUCUCCAUCUACCAAGUGUUGGCCAUCGACCUUGAUGAGGGCCUGAAUGGCCUGGUGUCCUACCGCAUGCCGGUGGGCAUGCCCCGCAUGGACUUCCUCAUCAACAGCAGCAGCGGCGUGGUGGUCACCACCACCGAGCUGGACCGCGAGCGCAUCGCCGAGUACCAGCUGCGGGUGGUGGCCAGUGAUGCAGGCACGCCCACCAAGAGCUCCACCAGCACGCUCACUAUCCACGUGCUGGAUGUGAACGACGAGACGCCCACCUUCUUCCCGGCCGUGUACAAUGUGUCCGUGUCCGAGGACGUGCCGCGCGAGUUCCAGGUGGUCUGGCUGAACUGCACAGACAACGACGUGGGCCUCAAUGCCGAGCUCAGCUACUUCAUCACAGGUGGCAACGUGGAUGGGAAGUUCAGCGUGGGUUACCGCGAUGCCGUUGUGAGAACUGUGGUGGGCCUGGACCGGGAGACCACAGCCGCUUACAUGCUCAUCCUGGAGGCCAUCGACAACGGCCCUGUAGGGAAGCGGCACACGGGCACAGCCACCGUGUUCGUCACUGUCCUGGAUGUGAAUGACAACCGGCCCAUCUUUCUGCAGAGCAGCUAUGAGGCCAGCGUCCCCGAGGACAUCCCCGAAGGCCACAGCAUCGUGCAGCUGAAAGCCACGGACGCGGAUGAGGGCGAGUUUGGGCGUGUGUGGUACCGCAUCCUCCAUGGUAACCAUGGCAACAACUUCCGGAUCCAUGUCAGCAACGGGCUCCUGAUGCGAGGGCCCCGGCCCCUGGACCGGGAGCGGAACUCAUCCCACGUGCUGAUAGUGGAGGCCUACAACCACGAUCUGGGCCCCAUGCGGAGCUCCGUCAGGGUGAUUGUGUACGUGGAGGACGUCAACGAUGAGGCCCCCGUGUUCACACAGCAGCAGUACAGCCGUCUGGGGCUUCGAGAGACCGCAGGCAUUGGAACAUCAGUCAUCGUGGUCCAAGCCACAGACCGAGACUCUGGGGACGGUGGCCUGGUGAACUACCGCAUCCUGUCGGGAGCAGAGGGGAAGUUUGAGAUUGACGAGAGCACAGGGCUUAUCAUCACUGUGAAUUACCUGGACUACGAGACCAAGACCAGCUAUGUGAUGAACGUGUCGGCCACUGACCAGGCCCCGCCCUUCAACCAGGGCUUCUGCAGCGUCUACAUCACUCUGCUCAACGAGCUGGAUGAGGCCGUGCAGUUCUCCAAUGCCUCAUACGAGGCUGCCAUCCUGGAGAAUCUGGCACUGGGUACUGAGAUUGUGCGGGUCCAGGCCUACUCCAUCGACAACCUCAACCAAAUCACGUACCGCUUUGACGCCUACACCAGCGCCGAGGCCAAAGCCCUCUUCAAGAUAGAUGCCAUCACGGUGAGGGGCUGGGGGCAGGGAGCACCAUUUCUUCCAAUCUAACCAACAUUGGUUGAGCUCCUUCUGUGUGCACAGCACUCUCCUCUUUGUCAUAAAGUGUCCUUGAGAUGGCCAAGUGUGGUGUCACGUACCUGUAGUCCCAGCUGCUUGAGAGGCUGGGGCAGGAAGAU